CAUUAAAGCCAACCAAGUGCGCACCACUUUUAGGUGGGUAUUGUGAAAAAGAUGAAGACUGUAUACUUUUUAACUCGAUUUGUACUAAUUAUCAUUGUACAUGCAAACCUUCUUAUAUAUCACGUCCUCAAUAUCAAUGUGUACCAGCGUCAAUUGGAAUGAAUUGUACUCAUGAUGAUGAUUGUGAAGAUUUUAGACAUGUUAAAUGUACCAUAAAUAAAAUAUGUGCUUGUAGGCCACAUCAUAUUUUACAUAAUAAUGUUACAUGUCUACCACUUUUAGAUACUUACUGUGAGAAUAAUGAACGAUGUUUAUUUGAAAACUCUGUUUGUGUUGAAAAUAAAUGUCAGUGCAAAAGUGGAUACAUGGCUACUUCUCGUCAAAGUUGUGCAAAAUCGCCGCUGAAUAGAACUUGCUCAACUAUUGAUGACUGUGUUGAUUUAGACAGAUCAAAAUGUUCUGACGAUAAAAAAUGUGUUUGUCAAGAAAACAAUAUUAUAAUUAACAAUGCAAUAUGUAUGCCUUCAUUAGGCGGAAUCUGUCAGACUAAUAUAGAAUGUAUGAUCGGUCAUUCCGUUUGUAAUAAUAAUAUCUGUCAAUGUCAGCCUGGAUAUGAACCAAACUCUGAUAAUGAAUGCAGAGCUUGUUAGUAGAAAUAUUUUGUGAUUAUUUGUUUUGUAAAUUAUUUCUUUAUUUCACUAAUUAUUAAUACUUUUCGUUCAUAAUUAAUUGCAGCAUUAUUAGGAAAAUCUUGUGAAGAUAGUUUUGACUGUAAUAACAUAUGGCAUCUAAAAUGUUCAAAAGAUAAAAUAUGCAUUUGUAAAACAAAUCACGUUGUAGUAAACAACGCAUCAUGUAUACCAAAUUUAGGUGCACUUUGUCUAUCUGGUGAUCAGUGCAAGCCCGAUAAUUCCGUUUGUAUUAAUUAUGAAUGUCAAUGCAAGCCGACUUUCGAACGUGUAGAUAAUCGUCACUGCAUACCUUCUUCACUAGGAAAAUCUUGUAAAAACAAUUAUGAUUGUGGAGAUUAUUUGCAUUCAAUGUGUUCCUCAAAUAAAAUUUGUGUAUGUAGAGAAAAUCAAAUGGUGAUAAAUAAUGCCACUUGUGUACCAUUAUUAGGCGGAACUUGUAAAUACAAUGAAUUAUGUAGAGUGGAUAAUUCUGACUGUAUUAAUAAUGAAUGUCAGUGUAUAAAUAACUAUAAAGCUAUGUCUAAUAACAUAUGCGUGCGAAGUGAGCCAGAAUUUUACGACUGAAUUCUCAUGUAAAAUUAUGACCAUUUUGAAAAACCACUGGGAAAGCCACGGUCUUACAUUUAUGUAAUAUAAUGAUUCUCAUACCUAGAUAACUGAUUACGGUAAUAUACAACGAUAUAUAAUUAUUACUUUCUUCAAAUUGUCAAAAAGUAUAUCUUAAGCGCAUCAGUUUUUAUAGUUUGAAACAAUAAAAUUUUACUUGUGUUUGUAAGCUUUUAAUGUAUGUGAGAGAAUUAACCUAAAGUAUUACUGAUGCGCGGCUAUAUCUAUAUGGCAAGAUGACGUAUUUUAUCAUUUCAAACAAUAAAAUUUACAGACCAAGAGUGACUAUUUUUUUCCAUAUCAAUAUAUUUUAGAGAAUCAUUCUUAUACUUUUUCGCUUCAAACAAUACAUUGAAUCGUACUCGUACAAUGACGGGUGAUCUGUUAAUAUUCUUAAUUUUAACUUUAACUCAAGUUAAUUCUCAGGUUCCUAAUGCUAUUAACAUCCAAAAAAAAUGAUUUAUUAAAGUUGGGAUCAUCUUGUCAAUAUGAUACAGAUUGUUUAAGUUUUGAUUUUGCAAUUUGUACUAUACGACGGGUAGUCGACUGUAACUCAAUUUUUCGAUUUCUUGUCUUCGAAUAAGUGGAGCCGCGAUUCUAAACAAUUACCAUUUAUUUUUUUUAGCUUUAAAUUCAAUUAAUUAUAAAUAAUUAACCAUAAUUAAUAAAUUAAAUAUCUAAUUUAAAUGUCAUAGACAUAUUUUUUUUUUCCAUAUAAUUACAAACAAAUAUUUUACCAUUAAUCAUGAUUACAUUAAAAAUGAUUAUUUUAUUGUAAUCAAUGUAAUUAGUUACGUAGUAAGUUCUUCUGAAGAUAGUAGCACAGACUAGGGCGGCUAAUUUUAAAAAUAAUACAAAAAAAAAGUAAUAUUUUUAUAAAUAUUACUUUUUUUUAUUCGUAUAUACGAAUCAUGACGUAAGAGUUUUUUUACAAUUAUGUGGUUUUGAGGAUUCAGAGAUUGUAAUUUUGUAGCAUAUAAAUAUAAAUUAUCAUUAAAGUUAAACCGAUUACUGCCUAAACUUCACGGUAAAAUAAAAUAUGUAAUAAAAAAAGUUGUGUAAUAUUUUAGUAUCUAUUUUGAUGAGUAAAUAAUAACAGCGGCCCUUUGAAAAUAAAAAAUAUUAAGAAAAAUAAAUUAAUAUGUUAAUUAUAUAACUACUAAUUCAAAAUAUUAAAUUUAUUACUCCAUAAAUCAUAAAACAUUUUUUUUCUACUUAUGGGUUGAUCAAUAAUAAUAAUAAUAAAAUUUAAGUAAAUAACUCAUUGUGAAAUCAUAAAACCUCUUUUACCUUUUGGAAGAUAAAAGAUUUAACAAGUCAGUUCAAAUCUAAACAUCAAACAUGAUAGUUAUCUAACAAUUUAUCCUUUAAAAAAAAAUAUUAACUUGAAUUUUUGGUUAUUACUUACUUAAAUUAUUAAUAAUUUAAUAGAAAGUGAAUAAUUAUAAAAUAAAAUUUUAAAAAAUUAUAAUUAUAAAUAUGGAAACAUGUGAAAAAAUUUUUGAAGAAAGUAAAGAUUGUCAAGAAAAUAAACCACAAGAUUCAUGUCCUGAUAAUCCAUAUGUGGAAAUUCAUCAGGAAGAUAUAACUGAUGAAGGUAAAAAAAAAAGAAAUAAAAGAAGUAUUAUUGAUGCUCCUCGCAAACCCAAGUGUAUGGACAAAAAUGGUCAAUGUAGAAAUCCAUUGUAAAAAAUAAAUAGAAGUGAUAAUCAAUAAUCAAUUAACAGAGUUUUUAAAUAUUAAUAGACUUAAUAACGUCAGUUUAUUUCAAGACACCGUCGAAGAUAGACAGAAUGAUUAUUUAAGCUCACGAUAAGACGUAAUUAGUUAAUGCAAAUAAAAAGUAAUCAGCUGAAAAGUUAUUUAGAAAAACACAUUUUUAAAAAUUUCAUUCAAUAUGGACGUGAUUUCUAUCGAAGAAAAUUUGAAAGAAAGUGAAAACUCAAAUUUUCAUGCAGACGAUACAGAAAAUAAGGGCGAGGACAAGGAUAAGAAUAAGGAUAUUAAUGAAGAAUCUAAACCGAAACGAAGAACAAAGAGAAAUAUAAUUGCAGUACCUACAAAUCCAAAAGUACGUAAUAAACGUUUUGUUAACGGACGAUGGAGAACUCCUCUUUGAAAUGUUUACUUAAAUUUAAAUUUAUCUCAAAGAACAAUACUUAGUAGUUUAGUAGUUUACUUACUUUGUGUAUUGCACAAUUCAGAUGUUAAAUGUUUAAUUUUAUCGCAAUGUAUUUCAAUCUUUUCGUUAUAUAAAUUGUAUUUCUUAAAUUAUAAUCUCAGUAAUUGAAUCUAAAAUUUAUUUUUAAUGUAAUAACGCACGAUGAAAUGUUCAAUAUAGUAAAUCAUAAUUAAUUUUGUUUGAAAUCAAUUAAUUAAUUACAUAUUUUUUUCACUUUUAAUUCCUAUGGAAAUUUUGGGUGUUUUUUUUUUUCCUGUUCACUUCCUUUAUUAUUUUCUAUAAAUAUUUCUGUGUGGCCAACUGAAUUCAUUUAAUUUUAAUAAUUAUAAACCGGUAUUAAAUGACUAAUUGAUUUGCUAUAUUAGGAAUAUAAUAGUAUAAAUGUAAAUAUUGAUAUGAAUCGAAUAAAAAUUAUUACUGCAGGGGAAAACGUAAAAAUAAGAGUUCCCUGAGAAUUUUAUAAAAAAAUAAAUUUAAGAGGGACAAAAGCUUAAAAUUUUAAUCGAAAAAUUGUUAAACUUUAAAACAGUUUUAAACAAUUAUUUUGUAACAAUUUAAUUUAAACUUUUAUUUUAACAAUAAUUUGUUUAAAUUAAUUUUUUCACAUUUUAAACAUGUAUAAUAUGUAUGAAAGGUCAAAUGUAAAUGAUAAUUUUGAAAAAAAAAAAAAAAUUAUUUUGAAAUCUAAUUUUUUUUCGGCGGCCCAUUUUACCUCAAAUUUAGAUUUUUGUAAAUAGUGGGUUCACAUAAAAAUAAAAUAGUAUUUAGCGGCUGAGUGAAAGUAAAUUAAAAUAAAUUUUUUUUACUUUUUUCUUUAAUUUGAAGUAUUUCUCAAAUUUCUUAAUACUUUAUUAUUUAUAGUUAAUUCAAGAAAUUGUGUUUUAUUCUAUAAAUUAUAAUUCAUAUUAAUUAUCUUAUUUACUUGUUUAAAUGUACUCGUUUAAAUAAAAAAAAAAAUGACUUAUUUUUUUGAUGUUAAAAAUAUUUGUUAAUAGCGUAUUUUACUGCCGUAAUUUUUUUGUUUAAACAUAUUCGGUGUUAUAUUAAUUUAUAAAGAACAAUUGUUAAUAACGAGUUAAAAAUAAGAAAAAAUAAACAAUCAAUCAAAAUUAAAUUAUAUAAUAGGUCGAUUUUCAGAUAAGGAAAAUAAUAAAAUAAAUAAAAAUCCUUCAUGAAAAGACAGACAAUCGAUCGAUCAUGAUCUUGUGGGGCUUCAAGGUAAGAUAAUAUAUCUUGUGAGUCCGGUUUAAUAAACACAUAUAUAACGUUAAACUCAUAAAUAUGUAUUAGUUUACGAGUUUUAAAUGUGAAUGUACUUAAAUUAUUAUCCCCAACUGAAACCGGUUGUUAUGUAUUCUAUCGACAAUUAUUUAAUUACACAUCACACAAUUACAUCUCACAUAUAAAAUAUUUAUAUCAAUGUUAAUGUAGAUUUAUAAACAUAAAUAUAAAUAUAUUUUUCUAUAAUUAUAUACUAGAGUUUCUCUUCAUUUCUUAUCAAUAGCGUUAUCAUUGCUCUGUUCUGUUUAUCACAAAAGUGGUCUUGUCUUAUAAUAUUUCCAUCAGAUCAAGAAAAUUUUUUAAGGUCUACGUCAGUUUAUGUGACAAAAUUAGUGUUCGUUUUUUUUUUUUUACUUCUGUUCAGUGAAUGUAUUGUUGAUAAUUUAAAAAAAAAUGGCUGAUCCAACAAUUCAAACAUUCUGUUGCCGACACAACAACAAUACCGAUAUUGCUAUUAUUAUAAUGCAAGAAUUUAAUACAGACAUUUAUAAUACUGUGUGUUUAUUAUCUUCAGUUAUAGGAAUAUUUGGUGCAAUUUAUCAGAUAUUACCUAGAGAAUUGGUUGUCAAUCAAUAUCGUUGGCAAAAUUUUUCUUCAUCAAGAAGUCGACGAAUAAUUGUUUGGCUUGCUGUUGCUGAUUUAUUUGCAUCAUUAGGAAUAUUUAUUCGUUCAGCGUUAUGGAUAAACUAUAAACCAAUCAUGCCAACGAAUGACUUCACGAGUGUUAUACUUUGCGCAUUGUCAUCGGCAUGGACUCAAUAUUUUUAUAUGUCAACAUGGAUAUGGACAAUGUGUUAUGCAAUUGAUAUGAAAUUAUUAUUGAGUGAACGACCGAGUAAAUAUGGAUGGUAUCAUGCAACUGCAUGGAUUUUACCCGCAGUAUUAACAAUAUUCGGAUUAACAAUUCUUUAUAUUCCUAAAGCUAACUGUCACGAAUCAGUAACAAUGACAACGGCUAUUUUACGGAUUCUACCAAAUUAUUGUGUUACUUAUUUAUUGCUGGCUAUUGUAAUGAUUGUUAAUCCAGUUCUAUAUAUAUCGUCAACAAAAGAUUUACAAAAUGCUGUUAUAUGCAGUAUGGCACAGAUGACUGGACGCGAACGUAAACUUGUCCAAACAAUUCAAGUUAAAUUUGCGAUGAUUAAUUUAGUUUAUUAUAUUUGUUGGGUACCAAAUUUGAUUAAUGGAAUACUUUUAUGGACACUUUGGUUUCAUUUACCCGUUAAAGUUAUUAUUGCCUUGUGGUAUAUUAUGGCUGUAACAAACCCACUGCAAGCAUUUUUCAAUGCGCUAGUAUAUCAACGAUGGGGUAAACGUGAAAAAUUUUUUUCAUGGUGGAAAAAAUUACGUCAAUUGUUUACAAAUAAUAAACUGAAUGAUAGUGAAGAGUUAGAUGAAGUGUCGCCAUUAUUAAAUAUCACGCCACAAUAUGAAUGCUGUACACCACACACUAGCAUUAAUGGCUCAUCAUCUUAUUAGACUGAUUUUUAUUUUAAUUUAUUUAUUAAUUUAAAUGAUCAUUAACAUUUAAGUUUAUUUUAUAUUUAUUUUUUUAUUGUACAGGUACAUAGACCAUUGUUUUAUUUUUAUACAACAUUCAGUCAUUCACAUACAAAUAUGAGACAAUAUUAAUUAAAUUUUUGUUUUAUUGAUAUUGUUUAGUUUUAAAUUUUUUCUCACUCAGUUGGUUGCAAGUUUGUUUCUAAUAUGAAUUUAAAUUAAUUUAGUUAGCACCUUCGGAUUAAUACAUUAAUACAUUCGGAUAAAUAUCGACAACUAAUUUACUUUGUUUUAUCAUUUAAAAAAUAGUAUCUUUUAUUAAUCUCACUAAAUACAGUACUCGUUUUAUAAUUAAUAAUUAUCAAUUAUAUUCAUAAGUCGCGCACAAAAUUAUUUACAUUUAAUUGUAGUGUAAGAUAAAAAAAAAUUAUAAUCGAAGUCAUGGAUUACUUGAUUGGAAGAAUUUUUUAGUUUAAAAAAAAUAAUUUUAUUAAUAAAAUAAUAAUGCCACGAAUAAAAAAAAAUAUUUAUAAAAUUAAAAUAUUAUAUUAAAUAAUAAUUAAUAAUAAUAAAAGUAAUAAUAAUUAAAUGUAAUAAUAACUGUCAUUAAAAGUAUUUAAAAAAUAUUAAAAAAUACUAUGCAAUAAUCUCACUUAAUUAGAUCGUAAAAUUUAAAUAUAAAUAAAAUAUUAUAAUUUUUUUUAGUAUCAAAUUUAAAAGUCGAUGUUUAAUUUUGGCACGAGAAUAGUCUCGUAUUUUUUAGUAACGGCAGCAAAAUAUCUCAAUAAAUCAAGAUUUAAUAGUUAAAAAUAACUUUUUUAAUAAAUAAAUGAAAUUCAAGAAGGAAGUUCUGAUACACCUAAA